CGACACUUUGUUUUAGUGACGAACAGGCCAGUAUCGAAGUAGUGUGCUUAUUUUAAGUCAGGAAGUGAUUUAUUCGUUUAGUUCAGAAAAAAUGUCUUCCGGUACCAAGCAACAUCUUCUCCUCCUCUAUGACCGUCCCCAGGAGCCCUGUUUCGUCGCCAAAGGGGACAAGAAAUCGGUGUUCAAAGUGCCAAAUAAAUUUCUUUCUGAUCGUUACAAGCCCUUGGGUGUAACAUUGACAGAUCGUUUCAAUGGUGAGGCUGGUGAAGAGAUCGAUGUUAAGGAUGUCUCUCUGCCAAAACUGGGAGACAUCUUAGAUCUUGGAAGACACGAGAAUUUCUCACUCUUCAUCCCAAAACAUCGUAGAUUGGCCGGAAAAUUGAUAAACAUCUUCCUUGGUGUAAGAAACGUGGAGGACCUACUGGCUGUUUGCGUCUAUGCCAGAGACACAGUGAAUCCCUACAUGUUCAACUAUUGCCUUUCAGUCUGUCUUCUGCAUCGUUCAGAUACCAAAGACUUGGACGUCCCCUCCAUCGUGAACUCUUUCCCAGAUAAAUUUGUGGAGAGUUCGGUCUUCAACAGGGCCAGAGAAGAGGCUACCAUAGUUCCAGAUGGAUCCAGGACUCCAAUCGAGAUCCCUAGGGACUACACAGCCUCUGAUCUCGAAGAAGAACACAGGGUAGCGUAUUUCAGGGAAGAUCUAGGCAUCAACCUUCACCAUUGGCAUUGGCACUUGGUAUACCCUUUCGAGGGCGCUAUGGACGUGGUGAACAAGAAUAGGAGAGGGGAGCUCUUCUAUUAUAUGCACCAACAAGUUAUUGCGAGGUACAACAUGGAGCGUCUCUGUAACCACAUGAGCAGAGUGGAACGCCUUAUGAGCUUAAAAGAGCCCAUAAAAGAGGCUUAUUUCCCGAAAUUAGACAGCCUGGUUGCCAGCAGAAGUUACCCAGCUCGAGUUGCAAACCAAACUCCGCGUAACUUGAACAGAGCAGUGGAUCAGAUUCAGCAGGAUAUCGACGAUAUGGAAAGAUGGAGGGAUAGGAUCUACGCUGCCAUACAUCAAGGGGCAGUUGAAAAUGAACGUGGCCAGAGGAUUACACUAACCGAAAAUGAGGGUAUUGACGUUCUUGGAAACAUCAUGGAAUCCUCGAUAUUGUCGCCAAAUAGGACAUUCUACGGGGAUUACCAUAAUAUGGGUCAUAUUUUCCUCUCCUACAUUCACGAUCCUGACCACAGGCAUCUGGAAAGUUUUGGUGUUAUGGGAGACUCAACUACAGCCAUGAGAGACCCUGUUUUCUACCGUUGGCAUGCUCAUAUUGACGAUAUAUUCCAGGAGUUCAAAGCAACUUUACCUUCCUAUCCCGUCGAUCAACUUGCGUACCAAGGUGUGACAGUCACCAAGGUAGAAAUCCACUCCAACGGAGGCUCCAACAACAGGAUCAACACAUUCUGGCAACAAUCUGACAUCGAUUUGUCCAGGGGUAUGGACUUCCAACCUAGAGGUCCGGUUUUCGUAAGAUUCACCCAUCUGCAGCACCAGGAAUUCAAUUACAGGAUAACCGUCAACAACCAGGGUAGUUCCAGGAGGGGUACAUGCAGGAUUUUCCUGGCUCCCAAGUUUGAUGAGAGGGGAAACCCUUGGCUGUUCACUGACCAGAAGAAUAUGUUCAUCGAGUUGGAUAAAUUCGAAGUUAAUUUGAGGUCAGGACAGAAUGUCAUCAAUCGCGCAUCCACCCAAUCGUCUGUAACCAUCCCGUUCGAACGUACCUUCAGGGAUUUCGAUACGAAUCGUCCAGAAGGUGGAGACGAGCUGGCUCAGUUCAAUUUCUGCGGCUGUGGAUGGCCUCAGCACAUGCUGAUACCAAAGGGAAACGCUGAAGGGUACCAGUGCCAACUUUUCGUGAUGAUUUCGAAUUACGCCAACGAUCACGUUGAGCAGAAUGUAACUGGCACCUGCAGUGACGCAUACUCCUUCUGUGGACUGAAGGAUAGACUCUAUCCAGAUCGCAGAUCAAUGGGCUACCCCUUCGAUAGGAUGCCUCGUGAGGGAGUCAGGACACUUCAGCAGUUUUUGACGUCAAACAUGAGGGUUCAAGAUGUGGUCAUACAACAUACGAACAGAACUGUCAGACCAAGGGAAGGAAAUAGAAACCAGAGGAAUGAUGAUUGAUUGUAUCUAUGAAUAUUGAUUGAUUUUAUUCUGAAUAAAUUGAAAUUUAGCAGC